AUGCAGUUCUGGUUCAACAUCGCUAUACAACUUUUGCUCCUCACCUGUUGUAGUUGGGCUGCCAGUUUGAAUGGCACCCAGACACUCGAUCGAAGAAAUGGACCAGUGAAAUCUAGCCGUUCCUCGUUCCGGUACGUGGACAUGCAGAUGAAGGGUAACUUUUGGACAGCGAUGGACGUUUGCCGAUCCCAUGGAAUGCAGUUGCCCCGGAUAACCACGGCUGACCAGGCCGUGGAGUUCCUGUUGGCCAUCGCAUCGGAUAUGGAUGGAUCGUGGUGGAUUGGCGGAAGCAAUAUGGGUGGAUCGAAUCAUUGGCAUUGGACCAGUGAUGGACAACCGUUGAUGAGCCCUCACGGAUAUCAUAACUGGGGUCCUGGAGAACCGGCAGCUACCGGAGGAAAUUGUCUGUUGCACCGGUAUCGGUUCUGGUACCGGAGUGCUUGUGCCAACGUUUUCAAAAUUGCCUGUCAGGUGAAGACUACAUGCGUUUGUGAAUAA